UUUUCCGCGCCCGGGCGCUGGCAGCGUUCGCCCGGACGGCCACAGUGCUUGGAACUUGACGCGAUGGGGCUUCCUGAGGAGCGCGGCCGGAGCGGCAGUGACAGCCGCAGCGAGAGCGGGAGCCGGGAGGAAGCGGGAGCCGGGGAUCGGGUGCGGAGUUGGUCUCCGCCGCCCGAGGUCAGCCGCUCGUCACACGUCCCCUCGCUGCAGCGAUACCGCGAGCUGCACCGGCGCUCCGUGGAGGAGCCGCGGGAGUUUUGGGGAGACAUUGCCAAGGAAUUUUAUUGGAAGACCCCAUGCCCUGGCCCAUUCCUCCAUUACAACUUUGAUGUGACUAAAGGGAAGAUCUUCAUUGAGUGGAUGAAAGGAGCAACUACCAACAUCUGCUACAAUGUAUUGGAUCGAAACGUCCAUGAGAAAAAACUUGGAGAUAAAGUUGCUUUCUACUGGGAAGGAAAUGAGCCAGGGGAGACUGCCCAGAUCUCAUAUCGAGAGCUUCUGGUCCAAGUAUGUCGGUUCAGCAAUGUUCUCCGAAAACAGGGCGUUCGAAAAGGGGAUCGCGUGUCCAUCUACAUGCCCAUGAUCUUGGAGCUGGUCGUGGCCAUGCUGGCAUGUGCCCGCCUUGGGGCUUUGCACUCCAUUGUGUUUGCAGGUUUCUCUGCAGAGUCUCUGUGUGAACGGAUACUGGAUUCCAGUUGUAGCCUCCUCAUCACUACAGAUGCCUUCUACAGGGGGGAAAAGCUUGUGAACCUGAAGGAAUUGGCUGACGAGGCCCUGGAGAAGUGUCGAGAGAAGGGUUUCCCAGUGAAAUGCUGCAUUGUGGUGAAGCAUCUGGGGCGAGCAGAACUGGGCAUGGGUGACUCUCCCAGCCAAUCACCCCCAAUUAAGAGGUCAUGCCCAGAUGUUCAGAUCUCCUGGAACCAAGGGGUUGACUUGUGGUGGCACGAACUCAUGCAAGAGGCAGGUGAUGAGUUUGAGCCUGAGUGGUGUGACGCCGAGGAUCCCCUCUUCAUUCUGUACACCAGCGGCUCCACAGGCAAACCCAAGGGUGUAGUGCACACAGUUGGAGGCUACAUGCUCUAUGUGGCUACAACCUUUAAGUAUGUGUUUGACUUCCAUGCAGAGGAUGUGUUCUGGUGCACAGCAGAUAUUGGCUGGAUCACUGGCCAUUCCUAUGUCACCUAUGGACCUCUGGCCAAUGGUGCCACCAGUGUUUUGUUUGAGGGGAUCCCCACACACCCAGAUGUGAGCCGCCUAUGGAACAUUGUGGACAAAUACAAGGUGACUAAGUUCUACACAGCACCCACAGCCAUCCGUCUGCUCAUGAAAUACGGAGACGAGCCUGUCACCAAGUACAGCCGGGCAUCCUUGAAGGUACUAGGCACUGUGGGUGAACCUAUCAACCCUGAGGCCUGGCUGUGGUACCACCGGGUGGUAGGUGCCCAGCGCUGCUCCAUCGUGGAUACCUUCUGGCAAACAGAGACAGGUGGCCACAUGCUGACUCCCCUCCCUGGUGCCACACCCAUGAAGCCUGGUUCUGCUUCCUUCCCGUUCUUUGGUGUGGCUCCUGCAAUCCUGAAUGAGUCUGGGGAAGAGUUGGAAGGUGAAGCUGAAGGUUAUCUGGUAUUCAAACAGCCCUGGCCAGGGAUCAUGCGCACAGUCUAUGGAAACCACUCACGCUUUGAGACCACCUACUUUAAGAAGUUCCCCGGGUACUAUGUGACAGGAGAUGGCUGCCGGCGGGACCAGGAUGGCUAUUACUGGAUCACAGGCAGGAUUGAUGACAUGCUCAAUGUAUCUGGACACCUGCUGAGUACAGCGGAAGUGGAGUCAGCACUCGUGGAACAUGAGGCUGUGGCAGAGGCAGCUGUGGUGGCCCAUCCUCAUCCUGUGAAGGGCGAAUGCCUCUACUGCUUUGUCACUCUCUGUGAUGGCCACACUUUCAACCCUACCCUCACGGAAGAACUCAAGAAGCAGAUUAGAGAAAAGAUUGGCCCUAUUGCCACACCAGACUACAUUCAGAAUGCACCUGGCUUGCCUAAAACCCGCUCAGGGAAAAUCAUGAGACGAGUACUUCGGAAGAUCGCUCAGAAUGACCACGACCUGGGAGACACGUCCACUGUGGCUGACCCAUCCGUCAUAAGUCACCUCUUCGCCCACCGCUGUCUGACUAUCCAGUGAACAAGAUUCUGCCUUUUGCCCAAGAUUCCCUCCGUCUGGCUCUCCAAGUUCUUCCCAUCCUCCCUGCCCUCAUCCAGGAGUGCUGAGGGUCAGUGCUGACCCACCCAGUUCCCUCAACCAGCUGUCUGGGACCAGGAACUCACUUUGUUUCUGGGUAGAGACAAUUUCCUAUGACUACCAGGCAGAAGGGUGAGAAGGGCUCAGGUAGAAGGGGCACAGCCUCAGAAUGCUGUGUCUCCCAAACUGCUAAGAGCUCUCAGAGAUGAGAGCACAGACUUGAUGAAGGCCACAUCCCCAGCCCAAGGCAAGUGUUUGCAGGGCAGGUGAGGGUCUAGACUGAAGAAGCGAGACAUAUCUAUAAUCCUCUGUCAACUCUCUCAGGAAGUAUGUACCUUGGGCACAUCGUUGCCCUUAAAAACCAAUGGUUCGAGUCUAGGAAUAAUUGGCUAUUAUCUCUGGAAUACAUGGCUGCUUUUGUUCUAGAUCUUUCUGUUGUGCCGAUGGCAAUGCUGUCAGUCCAUUUGC